AUGCAAGACACGGAGCAAAACACACCGGAGGCAACAGGCUCUGCGCCCGCCGGACCUAUUGCGAUAGAGCCUGCGACAGGAAACUCGCCUGAUGUCGGUACUGAACCCGUGAGCAGCCCUGAAACGCAUUUUUGGAGAACGAACCUGAACGACGAUGAGCUCGAUUCCCUGGCUGGCACAGAGAGCGACGGCACAAACUCGACCGCUUCAUUGGCAGAGAGCAUCUCCGAGUACCGCAGAAUCCAUGGGCGUACUUAUACGCAGAAGACCGACUACUGGGGUCCGAAUGACGAGCAACAAAACGAAGGGCUUGAGCUCGAGCACUAUUGGGAGACUCUGCUGCUCGGCGAUAAACUCUUUCUCGCCCCUCUUCGCGAAAACCCCGGGAAGGUUCUCGACGUUGGCACUGGAACUGGCAUUUGGGCUAUAGACUUUGCAGACGAAUUUCCAGCUUCUGAUGUGAUAGGUGUCGAUAUUUCACCAAUUCAGCCCAGCUGGGUGCCACCCAAUUGCAGAUUCCAAUUCGACGAUGUUGAGAAGCCGUGGACGUGGUCCCCUGACUUCGACUUCAUUCACCUUCGCCACAUGGAGGCCUGUAUCUCAGACUGGCCGGCCUUCUACGACCAGAUUUACGCACAUCUGAAGCCAGGUGGCUAUUUCGAAAUGAAGGAUUUCGAUAUUGAGUUCCGCUCCCAGGCAUACGGGGAUGACCUUCCGGAAGACCAUAUUUACCGCAGAUGGGGCAAGGUUUUCUUUGAGGCCGCCAACCGGCUCGGCAAGUCGAUGGAUCAGUCACGAGGCAACCACAAGAUUGCAGACUCUUUGAGAGCAGCAGGAUUUGUAGAUGUUGUCGAGAAAACAUGGUCUGUUCCCAUUGGAGGCUGGGCGAAAGACCCCGUUCUCAAAGAGAUUGGUCAGUGUAAUUUGGAGUUCCAUGACGAAUCUCUUGAGGGAUUCUCCAUGUUUCUGUUGACUCAGGUGAUGGGAUGGGAGAGGAUACCAGCCGCAGUCUUCGUCGCCGAGUGUCGCAAGGCUCUCAAAGACCCUGAACUUCGAACGGUCAUAUUAUUGCAAGAUGUCUACGGACGCAAGCCGGGGAACUCAGAGUAG